GGCCGGGCCGCACGUUGCAGCGCCAUGGCGGCUGGAGGCAGGAGAAAACUGGCGGAGCUGAGUGUUGAUGAAUUUUUAACUUCCGGAUUUGAGUCAGAAGAUGAUGGUGACUCAGACGAGGAGACGACAGAGCUUGUGGAAGAGCCUGCUAACGGGAAACAAAGCCAGAAUGGGCAGGCAGGAGGAAAGAAGAAGAAGCUGCUCAAAGUUAAAACUGCAGAAAAGAAAGUGAAGAAAGGAAAGGCAACUGAGCACAAAGACCAACUCUCACGGCUGAAGGAACGAGAUCCUGAAUUUUACAAGUUCUUGCAAGAAAAUGACCAUUCCCUGCUGAACUUUGAUGACUCGGAUGGCUCUGAUGAGGAGGAGAGGGGUCUGCACACAUUGCCUGAAACGCUGGAGGUACUGGCAAGUGACGAUGAGGAGGAGGAGGAGGAAACGGUCAAGCGGAAGAAAGCUGAUUUUAUCACCGUGACCUUGAAGAUGGUGGAACAAUGGAAACAGGCUGCAGAGAAGGAACUGACACCCAGACUCUUCCAUGAGAUCACUCAGGCCUUUAAAGCGUCUGUGGCAACUACCAAAGGAGAAGACAGUGGGGCCGAUCCCAGCAAAUUCAAAGUCACUGACAGUGCCGUGUUCAAUGCCCUGGUGUCCUUCUGCAUUCGGGAUCUCUUUGGCUGCCUGCAGAAACUGCUUCAGGUGAAGGUACCGAAAGACAAAUCAAAGAUGGUGCUGCCCUCUACCAGCCCUCUCUGGGGCAAGCUGAGGCUGGACAUCAGAAGGUACCUGAGCUGCACCAUCCAGCUCCUGUCUUGUUUAACGGAAGCGUCUGUCGGAGCUGCUGUGCUUCACCACAUCAAUGCCAUAGUACCUUAUUUCUUGUUGUUCCCAAAGCAGUGUCGCAUGCUGCUCAAGCAAGCCAUCCGUCUGUGGAGCACAGGCGAAGAAACGGUGAGAGUGCUGGCCUUCCUGGUACUGAACAAGAUCUGCCGCCAUAAAAAGGAGCUGUACCUGAACCCCAUGCUCAAGCAAAUGUACAUCUCCUACGUGAAGAACUCCAGGUUCACCUCCCCCAACGUCCUCCCUUUGAUCAACUUCAUGCAGCGCAGCCUGACAGAGAUGUACGCCCUGGACACUCAGGUGUCUUACCAGCACGCCUUCAUCUACAUUCGCCAGCUCGCCAUUCACCUGCGCGCUGCCAUGACCCUGAAGAAGAAGGAGAACUACCAGUCUGUUUACAACUGGCAGUACAUCCACUGCCUGUACUUCUGGUGUCGGGUCCUGAGCACUAUCUACCCCAGCGAGAUCAUGGAGCCGUUAAUUUACCCUCUGACCCAGGUCAUCAUUGGCUGCAUUAAGUUGGUGCCCACGGCUCGUUUCUACCCCCUGAGGAUGCACUGCAUCAGGGCCCUCACACUGCUCUCUGAGAACACCCGGACCUUCAUCCCGGUUCUUCCCUUCAUCCUGGAGAUUUUCCAGCAAGUGGAUUUCAAUAAGAAGCCAGGCCGCAUGAGUGCCAAGCCCAUUAACUUUGCGGUCGUCUUGAAGCUGUCCAAUGCUCACCUGCAGGAGAAGGCUUUCCGGGAUGGCCUCAUUGAGCAGCUGUAUGACCUGACACUCGAAUAUCUCCACGGCCAAGCCCACAGCAUUGGAUUCCCAGAGCUGACCCUGCCAAUUAUCAUUCAACUCAAAUCUUUCCUGAAGGAAUGCAAGAUCGCCAACUACUGCAAAGCGAUCCGGCAGCUCCUGGAGAAGUUGCAGGAAAAUUCUGCCUACGUCGCCAGUAGGCGUCAGAAAGCCACCUUUGGCGUGGCCAGCAGGGAGGCUGUGGAACAAUGGGAGAAGCAGGUCAAGGAAGAGGGGACACCUCUGACCAAGUAUUAUGCUCAGUGGAAGAAGCUGCGGGAGAAAGAGAUCCAGCUGGAAAUCAGCGGCAAGGAAAGGCUCGACGACUUGAACCUCCCAGAAAUCAAACGGAAGCGGCUGGAGGACAGGAAGGAGGAUGACAAGAAAGAAUUCAAGGACCUCUUUGAGCUGGACAGUGACUCCGACUGGGAGAGCGGUGGGUUCUCCGUGCAAGGAAAAUCAAAGGCCAAGAAAGCGCAGGGAUGUGUGGGGAGCCCGGCCAGUGCUUCGGACGUGAGCAGCGAGGACGACGAAGAGGAAGCCAGUGACUCGGACGGGGUAGGUGAGGAGGGGCCCUCCACCUCGGAGGGGACCCUGAAGCAUCCGGCCCAUGCCAGGCGGCUGUCCUCUGCCGACCUCAAGCUGCUGGCCCAAGGGGAGGAGGACAUCGUGGAGGACCUUGAUGAUGAUUACUUCGACAACCUAGCCGGUGACUGAAGACUCCGCAAAUGAUCUGGGCUCGCUCCCUCUGCGCCUAGGAGGGCGAGCUGGUGCCCUCACCGACAAUCAAAGCUGGUCGUGAUGGGAACUGGCUGAGGGGAAGCCCCGGAGGAGGUAGGAGCAGCAUGGGAUGGGCAGCCCUAGCAGGACAGAAUUUCUCACUGAUGCAGCAGAGAUGCUGCCUGGACCUUUUCCACCGGAGUCACAUUAGUGGUAAUACAGUGAAAUGUGUGGUCACAUCAGGACCAGUGACACUGCUCUGUAAAGGUAAUAAUAAAAAGCCCUCAUUAAA